AUGGAUUCGGAGGUCGACUCGGUCUUUGGCGACUACCAAGAUGAUUCAGACGGCUACUCCCCAGAGGUGAAGUCCAAGACUAAGGCAGCACCGAAGAAAACAGCGACUACGAAACCUGGCAAGAUGGUCCAGACAACACUCACAGCCGGCAAGCCCGCCGCAAAAAAGCGACCAAAAGUGGAGAGCGACGGCGAAGAUGGAAUCACACCCCCCAAGAAGAAGAAGGCGCCCGUAAAGAAGACGGGUACCAAGCCUCUCGUUGAGAUCGAGAACGACAGCAUGGUGAUCGAUGACGAUGAGCCCUCAGCGAAACCCGCUGCCAAGUCCAACAAGACGGCCACUGAGACAUACCAAAAGCUCACUCAGCUCCAACACAUCAUCAAGCGUCCCGACACGUACAUCGGGUCCGUCGAGCGCACGGACCAAAAGAUGUGGGUGUACAACAAGGCAGAGAAGCUGAUGGAGAACCGCACCGUCGGUUUCGUUCCUGGCCUGUACAAGAUUUUUGACGAGAUUCUCGUGAACGCUGCGGACAACAGCCAACGAGACUCGUCCAUGACGUAUCUCAAGGUUACUGUUGACCGUGAGACUGGUGAAAUCUCAGUCGAGAACAACGGCAAGGGCAUUCCGAUUGAGAUGCACGAGAAGGAGAAAUGCUACAUCCCUGAACUUAUCUUCGGUCACCUUUUGACGGGUUCAAACUACGACGACGACGAGAAGAAGACGGUCGGUGGCCGUAACGGUUAUGGUGCAAAGCUUACCAACAUCUUCAGUCAAAAGUUCUCCAUCGAGCUCCAAGACUCCAAAAACGGCAAGCGGUACAAGCAGACUUGGACGGAGAACAUGGGCAAGAUGGAAAAGGCCAAAAUCAACUCCAACAAGUCUGCGGAUUUUGUCAAAGUAUCCUUCCUGCCCGACUACAAGCGGUUCGGCAUGGAGGACGGGAUUGACGACGACCUGGAGGGCCUGAUCUACCGUCGCGUUUACGACAUGGCCGGCACGGUGUCUGGCAUCAAGGUUUGGCUGAAUGGCGAGCAUCUCAAGAUCAACUUCAAGACGUACUGCGAGCUAUACGCCAAGUCCAUUGCCAACGAGCGGGGCGAUGUCGCCGUCGACGGCGAGAAGCCGGUUGCAAAGGUCGAGUUUGACCAGCAGAGGCACAACGGCCGCCUGUGGCAGAUCGGCUUCACCGUCUCAGACGGCUCGUUCCAGCAGGUGUCGUUCGUCAACAACAUCGCGACCACGUCCGGCGGUACCCAUGUCAACUACAUCGCCGACCAGAUCUGCGAUGCGCUUGCCAAGGAGCUGACCAAGAAGAAGAAGGGCCACUCGCUGAAACCCUCGCACUUUCGCAACCACAUCUUCAUUUUCAUCAACUGCCUCAUUGACAACCCGGCUUUCAAUUCUCAAACAAAGGAGCAGCUGACGACCAAGAUGAGCGCAUUCGGCAGUAAGUGCGUGCUCAGCGACCAAUUCCUGAAGAAAGUCAAGGCUUCCGAGGCCAUUGCAAACAUCAUGGAAUUCGCCGACAGGAAGGCGGAUAAAAUGAUGGCCAAGAGCGACGGCAACAAGCGUUCCCGCAUCAGCAACGACAAGCUUAUUGAUGCCAAUUGGGCCGGCACCAGGCGCGGCCAUGAGUGCACUCUAAUCUUGACCGAAGGUGACUCAGCCAGAGGUCUGGCCGUUGCUGGCCGUGCUGUGUUGGAUCCCGACCGUAUCGGUGUCUUCCCGCUCCGCGGUAAAAUGCUCAACGUCCGCGACGCCUCGCUCGAACAAAUCAUGAAGAACAAGGAAAUUGAGAACAUCAAGAAGUUCCUAGGUCUCAAGCACAAGCAAAACUACACGGACACCAAGGGCCUCCGCUAUGGCCACCUGAUGAUCAUGGCCGAUCAGGAUCUGGACGGUAGCCACAUCAAGGGCUUGCUCAUCAACUUCCUCGAAGUGCAGUUCCCCUCACUGCUGCGCAUCGACGAUUUCUUCCAGGAGUUCAUCACGCCGGUGGUCAAGGUUUGGCAGGGCUCCAAUCCGAAGAAGCCCCAAAACCUCAAGACGUUCUUCAACCUACCCCAAUACGAGACCUGGAAAGACUCGCACAAGUCCGACUUGCGGAGGUGGAAGUACAAGUAUUUGAAGGGGUUGGGUAGUUCCUCCAAUGAGGAUGCCCAGAUCUACUUCAAGGACUUGGACCGACAUUUGAAGAAAUUCGACGUCUUGCAGCCCGAGGAGUCGCAGUUGUUUGAGCUGGCUUUUUCCAAGAAGAAGGCUGAUGCUCGUAAGGAGUGGCUGGGCAACUUUGUCCCCGGAACCUACCUCGACGCGACGGCGGCUAGGAAAAGCUAUACCGACUUCGUCCACAAGGAAUUGAUCCUCUUCAGCAUGGCUGACAACAUGCGGUCCAUUCCCUCCAUGGUUGAUGGCCUGAAACCCGGUCAACGAAAGGUCAUCUACGGUGCCUUCAAGCGAAACCUCGUCAACGACCAAAAGGUUGCCGAGCUUGCUGGUUACAUCUCCGAAGUGGCCGCUUACCACCACGGCGAAGUAUCCCUGCAGCAAACGAUCGUCGGUCUAGCGCAAACAUAUGUUGGGUCCAACAACGUCAACUGCCUCGAGCCCAGCGGCAACUUUGGUUCUCGUCUUUCUGGUGGCUCGGAUGCUGCUAGCGCCCGUUACAUUCACACGAGGCUGUCACCAUUCGCCCGGCGCAUCUUCUCUAAGCUUGACGAGCCCAAUCUUGAAUAUCAAUUCGAUGAUGGAAACAUGAUCGAGCCCAAAGUCUAUGUCCCAAUCCUUCCGAUGGUUCUAGUCAAUGGUGCCGACGGUAUUGGUACGGGUUGGAGCACAUCCAUCCCCAACUACCACCCAAUUGAGAUCGUCGACAACCUAAAACGCCGGAUGGGUCGACUCGAUCCCGAGGAUUCAGAGGAGAAGGCUUUCAAGCCCAUGACCCCCUGGUUCCGGGGUUGGAAGGGUGUGCUUGAAUCCGACGGCCCUAACAGGUACAAGUUCAACGGCAUCAUCCAACAGGACGAACAAAACCCGAACGAGAUUCAUGUCACCGAACUGCCUAUCCGGAUGUGGACCGACGACUUCAAGUCCAAGCUGGAGGACAUCCUUCGCGCCGAGAAGACUCCCUCGUUCAUCAAGGACUACAGGGAAUUCAACGACCAUCAAACUGUUCAUUUCAUCAUCGAUAUGGAAGACAAGCACAUGAAGGCGGCGCUCGAUGAGGGUCUGUUAGAGAAGUUCAAGCUUAGCAAGAGCAUGACUACCACCAAUCUCGUCGCAUUCAACACCCGCGGUCAAAUCCACAAAUACGAAAACCCGGAGGAGAUCAUGGAAGAGUUCUACCACUACCGUUUCAACAUGUAUACGGAGCGGAAGAAGCACUGGCUUGGUGUCUACCAUGCCGACUACCGCAAGCUCAAGAACCAGUAUCGCUUCAUCUUGGAGAUCAUUGAGAACAAGCUCAUCGUCAACAAGAAGAAGAAAGAUGUGCUCGUCCAAGAGCUUCGCGACCGGAAAUACGAGGCCUUCCCACCAAAGGAUGACAAGAAGUCCAAGUCUACCGACGAGGAGCUCGGCAAAGACGAUGCCGAGGAUGAGGACACCUCAAAUGGCGCACGGGAUUACGACUACCUUCUCUCCAUGCCCAUUUGGUCGCUCACGAACGAACGCCUCGAGAAGCUCAAGAACCAGAUUGCAGCCAAGAAGGCCGAGCAUGACGAGCUUGAUGCCCUGAGCGAGAAGGAUCUAUGGAUCAAAGACCUGGACGAAUUUGUCGACGAGUGGCACACACAGUUGAAGCUGGAUGCGGAGAUCACGGCUGAUAUCCGUCGGAUGGGCCGUCGCACGUCACGGAAGAUCGGGGCUGGCCGGGGCCGUCGCCCGAAGGACGACGACGAGUAUGCGCCGGAGAAGAAGACCAAGGCCAAGGCCCCCAAGGUCGAGAAGGUCGAGACCAAGACCCAUCAAAGGUUUACCGAGAAGUUCCAGGCAGCGGCCAACCCCAAGCCCAAGAUCGACCUCUCCGACGAUGACUUCGCCCUUCUUGGCAAGAAGGCGGCGGUCAAGCAAGAAUCGGAACCUCCUGCUUCGAUUCCAGAAACCGCAAAUGUGCGCAACAAGCGGGCGGCCGCAACCAAACCCAAGUCCAAGUAUAUCUUAAGCGACGGCUCGGACGACGACUUCAUGGAGUUGGGGAAGGCUGAUGUGAAGGAUGAAUCUGAGGUGUCUGAGCCGGAGGAGCUUGUCCAGAAGCCAGUCAAGCGAGCCGCAACCAAGGCCAAGCCAUUAUAUGCGGGCUCGGACCUUGAUGAGUCUGGUUCAGAGGACGUAGUUGAAAAGCCGACUAGGCGGGCAGCAGCUAAAGCUAAGCGAACCUACAUGGAUGAGGAGUUUGGCUCGGACAGCGACGACAAUGGCGAUGACAUGCUCGGCGACACCGGCGCCAUGGUGAAGGGCAUAGGAGCCCCCGCCACAAGCGGUGGCAGGCUUAGUCUGUUUGCCAUGUCCCGGCCGGAGGCGGGCGAUGCACCCAUCCCCGAACUAAAGGCCAAACCGUCAAGAUCUAUUCUUGAUCUUGACGAACAUGACGACACGAAUUACGAGGCCCUCGCUAUGUCCUCGCCUCGGAAGUCGACCAAGCCAGACGACGUUGAUGACUUCCUCUCCGACGAUGAGUUGCCCGCCGUAAAGCCCACGGCCUCCAAAGCAGAGGCCCCCCUCACGGUUGUUGCGGGUGCAGCAGCCAAGAAACGGGGCCGCCCGGCCGGGUCCAAGAACAAGGUCAAGGCCGACGACGCACCGGCUCCGGCGCCCAAGACCACCAAGGCCAAGACCCUGACCACCAAAGCUAAGACGGCUGCCCUCUCCCCUGCGGCCAAAGCCUACGCCGCCAAGAAGGCCAGGAAGGUUCUCAGCGAUGAUGAGGACGAUAUCAUGGAGGACGCGCCGGCCAGUCCGCCGCCCGCGGCCAGGCCCCUUGCUAGGAGACCGGGGCGCGCCGCUGCGGCCAAGGCCAAGGCAAAGCCGACGUACAUCGACGAUGACGAUGACGAUGACUUUGUCAGUGCCGACUCUCGUAGUGGUGGGCGCAAGGGGAGGAGGGAUGAGAGCGACGCGUUCGACAUGGACGAGGAUAGCGAGUAG